GGUUAUUGGACUCCCCUCAGGUCUUCAGCAGCUCAACGCCAAACAGCACCUGACUCCGUUUCCAGGGCCCACAUGAAAGGGCAGCCACUGAUCACAACAUGGAUAAUACAACAGAAAUACUCAGGGAGUGGUUGAAAAAUGUCCAGAGACUCUAUCACUACGUGGAGUGGAGGCCUAUGGAUGAACCAGAGUCUUAUCCUGAUGAAAUUGGACCAAAGCAUUGGCCAAGCUCCCGGUUUGCCCAUGUGAUGAAAUUACGACAGGCAGCCCUUCGAACUGCGAGGGAAAAAUGGUCAGACUACAUUCUGUUUAUAGAUGUCGACAAUUUCCUGACUAAUCCACAGACCCUCAAUCUAAUGAUUGCAGAAAACAAAACCAUUGUGGCCCCCAUGCUGGAGUCUCGGGGCCUGUACUCUAAUUUCUGGUGCGGAAUCACACCUCAGGGCUUCUAUAAGCGGACCCCAGACUACCUUCAGAUUAGAGAAUGGAAGAGGAUGGGCUGCUUCCCCGUCCCCAUGGUCCACUCCACCAUUCUGAUUGACCUCAGGAAGGAAGCCUCUGACAAACUAGCGUUCUACCCCCCACACCAGGACUACACCUGGACCUUUGAUGACAUCAUCGUCUUUGCCUUCUCCAGCAGGCUAGCAGGCAUCCAGAUGUACCUCUGCAACAGAGAGCACUAUGGUUACCUGCCCAUCCCCCUGAAGCCCCACCAGACGCUGCAGGAGGACAUUGAGAACCUCAUCCAUGUGCAAAUAGAAGCAAUGAUUGACCGUCCUCCAAUGGAGCCCUCCCAGUUUGUCUCAGUUGUCCCUAAAUAUCCAGACAAGAUGGGAUUUGAUGAGAUUUUCAUGAUAAACCUCAAACGUAGGAAGGACAGGCGAGACCGAAUGCUACGCACACUGUACGAACAGGAGAUUGAGGUCAAGAUUGUCGAGGCUGUGGAUGGAAAGACACUCAACACAAGCCAACUGAAGGCCCUGAAUAUUGAAAUGCUGCCUGGUUAUCGAGACCCCUAUUCCUCCAGACCUCUAACCAGGGGUGAAAUCGGCUGCUUUCUCAGCCACUACUCAGUCUGGAAAGAGGUAAUUGACCGAGAACUAGAGAAGACUCUUGUUAUUGAGGAUGAUGUACGUUUUGAGCAUCAGUUUAAGAAGAAGCUGAUGAAGCUGAUGGAUGACAUUGAACAGGCUCAGCUGGACUGGGAACUGAUUUAUAUUGGUAGGAAGAGGAUGCAAGUAAAAGAGCCGGAGAAAGCAGUGCCCAAUGUGGUGAAUCUGGUCGAAGCUGACUAUUCCUACUGGACCCUGGGCUACGUCAUCUCUCUGGAAGGAGCACAGAAGCUGGUUGGAGCCGAUCCUUUUGGGAAGAUGCUGCCAGUGGAUGAGUUCCUGCCAAUCAUGUACAACAAGCAUCCUGUAACCGAGUACAAGGAGUACUAUGAGUCCAGGGAUUUGAAAGCCUUCUCCGCGGAACCCCUGCUGAUCUACCCCACACACUACACAGGCCAGCCGGGGUACCUGAGUGACACGGAGACCUCCACCAUCUGGGACAAUGAGACAGUAGCCACCGACUGGGACAGGACACAUUCUUGGAAGUCCCGGAAGCAAGGUCGCAUCCACAGCAAUGCCAAGAACACAGAGGCACUGCCAUCGCCAACCUCGUUGGACGCUGGGCCUUCAAGAGAUGAGCUGUGAGGGUUCCGUGGGUGUGCAGCCCAUGCUGGUUCACCUACAUUUGGUUUUUUGAAAGGACUCUUCAUCGGUUUGCUCCA